AUGACAUUUUAAUAAAUUAAAAAAAUAAAAAAAAAAUUGUUUGUAAGCUCUAGCUUUAUGUAUAAUAAAUUUCUUAAAUAAAUGUAGGCAAAAAGUAUGGAUUUAUCUCCAGAAUUACUAUUUUUUGAUACAUUUUCACAUGAAGCGAAUGAGGAUAUAAAUUUAGAUUUGGUUCAGUUUCCUAAGCCUGUGUAUAUUACAGAAGUCCGAAUAAUUCCUCUUGGAGCACGAGUCCAAGCAGACUUUCCAGGUGGUGUUAGAUUAGGUGCGACUAACCCUUCAAAGUUUGAUAUAGAAUUUUUUGUUAAUGACCUUGGAAAACCAGGUGCAUCUACUUUUGAGAUUUUGGGAAGCUUAGAAUACAAUCAAAAUAACUGCAUACACUUAGAAUGUCCUGAUGAUAAAAUACCUACCGACGGUCUAGUAUUACGUGGUUGGUAUUCCACUAUAACGUUAGCUGUGUAUGGAACACUAACAAAAAAUUUGGCAGAACAAAUUGCCAGUCCGCAACACACACCAAGUGAGCCAACACAAGAAAUUAUUGAGGAAACCCCCGCAGAGCCAAUAAUUCCAGCAGCAAGUAUUGAGGUUAAACCAAUUCCACUGGAAUUGCAAGAGCCCAGUUUUGAAGAACCACCCUGUGCAGAACCAAGGGAGCCGAGAGAACCAGUUCGAUCCUUUAGCGGUGGUCCAAACGAAGAAACCUUUUUCGAUUCACCAAGCAGGGAAUUAUGUUUAAAUAAUAGCAAUCGAAUUGAACAUGAAAAACGUUCACGAACUUACUCUGACAGUAAUGAUCGUGAAUACAACAGCUCAAACACAUCUAAAAAACGAGAGUGGUCUCGAAGUCCUGAGUAUAGGCAUUCCAGACGUAGAAGUGAUAGAUCUCGCAGAGACAGUGAUACCCGUGGAAGUAGUGGUGAUCAUAAAAGGCCAAGAACUCCACCUCAACUAAUAGAUUCCCCCCCUUCUGCACACAGAGUACAGUCACCGGAUGAUAAUUGUGAUGCAGACGAGAUAUUUGAUAGACAAAAGUUGAGAGAAAAAUCUCGCGAAAAGUUAUCACCAGAAAGUCAAGCUCUAAGCGAGGCAAACCCAGAUGAACCUUUGGAAGUUCGAUCACUUGAUGGUGAUGAAAUAUCGGAACAGUUUGAACCAAUUCUUAGUGAUGAUGAAAUUUUGGGAGAUGACAACAGCGCCGGACAAGAUGAUGACAUGGAUAUUGAUGAAUCUGAAUUCGAUAACCCUGUAAAAGUUUUUGAUCCUUUCAAAAUGCCAAUAAAUGUAUUUGAAUGUAACUUAAAAGAAACGUGCGCAAGUAAGAUUCAAUCUAUUAAGAAAGUGAUUGACAAAUUUCAAAAUCAGGAAAAACUUGAAAUAAGAGAAUUUGUGCGACAAAGUGCAGACGAGAAAGAAACGUUUGUUAAUUUAUGUGAACUCUUAAUUAAUAACCUUAUGCAAAUUAACCAGCUGUCAUCAAAACAACGUAAUUUUGUAAUACAUAAUGCUUUCCAGGAUGAAAGCGUUUUAAAAUUAAUGGGAAAAAUUUUGCGAAUUUCUUUAAACUUCGAGUGUGCAUGUUCACAAAUGCAACCAGGAUAUAAAAUUCGUCAUAUUAAAAUUGGGCCACGUCUGGUGGAAUUAACCUUAUUUUCACAACAUGUACUAAAAUUUAUUAUUGAAAAGGAAUUUUUAGAUCCUUACAAAUAUUUAUUUGACCUUUAUCAUCAAGAUCAUAUGGCUUUAUCCAUUAAACUUAUUAUAUUAAAGGCAAUUUACUCCGUUCUCGAUUCAAAAUACGGUGUUCAAAAUUUCUUAAGCAACAAAGCGAAUGGGUAUCAAAAAAUAUUGUUAAUUAUGCAAAAUAAUCCGUUAACUAGAUUGAAAUUUGCUCUUAAAGCUAUAGUUAAGAAAAUUAAUUUGUUUGAAGCUUUGGAGACUAUUCGAGAUCUUGUAACGAAACAUUUUGUGUUAACUAAUCACAUCUCUAAUGGCUUAGAAGAUUUCCAAAUUUUGGACGCUUGUUUACAAGAAGUAACUCAUGCGCUUAAUGAUAGCGCUUUAAGUUUUCAACAACCAAAGCGAUUUUUACCUUCUAAUAAAUUUGAAUUUCAUAAGGAUCAAUCGGCUAUGCGUAGUUGGUCUUAUAUGUUGCAAUGUUAUUUUCGGGAACACGCGUUAUCGGAAUCUUUACUUUUGAUUAUAACAAACCAAAAUUAUAUCUCCCCGAAUGUUCUUACGACCGCUUUAAAUUUAUUAAGCGAAAUGGUUAAGUGUCAAGUUGGCAUUGAUUACCUUGUAGAUUACAGUUUUGAAACCACAGAAUUACUCAUUAAAUGUUUGUUAGGAUUAGAAGAUGAGUAUCCCGCAAUAGAUGAAGUAUCACAAAAUGAAAAAAUAGACGUCGACUCAGUAAUUUCUCCUCAAAUUCAAGAGAGUGAAAACAGCACUGCACAAGAACCAAUGGAAACGGAAGAUAGUGGAAAAAGUGAGGAAGGUAAAGGUGAAGAAAACACGGAAACCCCAAAGGCAGUUGAACCUUUGGAACCGGUAAAGGAAAAAUCACCUGAAAUAUUACUUCCAAUUAGACUAACACAUAUCCAAAAAUUAGGAGUUGAAAUAGCUUUUAAAGUACAAACGCGUUAUCACAUUGACGCAAUUACUAAUAACCCAACGAAUGUUGAUAUUCUUUGCGAACAUCUUCAUGCCUUAUACAGCCAAACCUGCAGUCAUUACGGAAGGGUUCACACAACAGAAGUUUUGGGAUUUAGUGGAACAAAUUUAAUACCAUUCCUUAAUUUAAUUGAAAAGGAACGCAAAAUACAAGCUAAGCGACAAUUAGAUUCCCCAGGUGCAAAGUAUAAAUCACCAGUUCUGAGUUAUUCGGUUGAUCUUCUAGAUGUUUUUGUGCGAAAUUGUGCAAAUUUAGAUUAUUUAAUCGAUCAUGGGCAGAUAUUAUUAGAUUUUGUGAAAAAUCAUGACGUAUUUGAACCAUCAGUUUCAGCUGUUUUACAAGAAAUGGCGGUAUAUUUAAAGCCUUUAGAAUUAAUCGAUAACUUCUCAUAUGGAGGCGACAUAAAUGCACUUUCUGACUUAAUAAAACGAAGUAUAGAAUAUAUCACAACUUUCCCAGGGGAUUUAAUAAUGGUGUUACGCAUUCUUAAACAUUUAACACUUGGAAAUGUCAGAGAUUCUUUUGGUGAAACAAAAGAGCUAAAAUUAAAGUAUGUCUUGCUACAAUUUUAUUCAGCUGAUGGAGUUGUAACAUUUUUGAAUAUACUAGAGAAAUUAAAUAACUAUUUUGAACAACCUGGUUUGCAUGGACCCACUCUAAUGACGAUCCAAGGUGUCCACACCUGUCAAGUAUUACUGCCAGUAGUACAAAUUUUACGGGAAAUGCUUACAUUUGUUAUUGAAUGCCGCGACACAAGUUUUAAAGAUGUUACCGCUAUAGAACAUCUAAUGAAAACGUACUUUCUAAUGCAUUAUUUUCCAGAACGCAGCCAAGCAUAUGAUGAUGCACAGAAAAUUCGUGCUGAAAUUAUUAAAAUUUUCUUAGCAUAUACACAGCCAAAUGAAGAUGAGCACAUUAGGGGAAGCUUGUGGACCCAAAUGAUUCGAGAAGUUUUAAAAUGUAUUCGAAGCGGUCCAUCAACUUUUAUACCUGGUUUACAGGUUUUAGCUGAACUUUUACCGUUGCCCUUACCUGUAUCGGUACUUAAGGCACUGACUGAGGAAGAAACGCAACGUUUAAUUAUGAAUCGUAAUUUAUGGUCAGCUCACCUACAUCCCGAAAGCGCAAACUUAUCGGAAUUAAUUCAAACAUUAUGUCCAACAACCUUUCCUCAACUUUCAGAUUUAUUAACAAGAGUUUGUUUGCAGUUGGCCGAUCUAGCACCAAAUAUGACUUUAUUAGUUUCAAAAACAAUUUGCGAUAUGAUUGUAGCGGAAUUCAUGGUUAAUUGUACAGAUGGUGUAGGAUCAGCACAUUUGGCUAGAUUACUGAAUUUUAUGGCUCAGCUAACAUGUUAUGCGGCCGUUAAAAUUUCUGCGCUUUCUAUUUUCCCUGGAAAAGUUUCAGAAGCUUUUUUGGCUCUUUUAAACAAAUCUGAUAAAAGGGAUUCCCAUUUACUUUGUCAAACUACAAUUCAUCGAAUUUUUGAAAAUUUUUUCGAUUCUGAAAUUUCAAUGUUUAAUACUAAUAAUGCUCUAAAUAGUAACUUGGAUACCAAUUUAGCAAAUGCUUUACCGUCAAAGGAAUUGAUUCCGGAUAUAGCUAAUGCUGUAAUGAUGAGUUUACUUAAUAGUGACCCAGAAAAUUCAGUGUCAGCCUUAAGAAAUUUGAUUAUUUUAACAGAACAUGAUAUAACAUUUUACCAUUUGAGGCAAAUAUUAAUGAACAAAAAAGCGGAUUUAAAUCAGUGGAUGAUGAAUUUCAUUAGUUCAUUUGAAAAUUCUUCUGACAAAAUGUCUUCAGCAAUAACUUUUGUGUUGUUUUUAAGAAAUUUAGUGAUAAUUGAUGAGCCUACACUUGAAUUAUCUGUUCCUAGCCGCACAUUAAAAUUGGCUUAUUCUGAACUGAAAGUUUUGGUUUGUUCUCUUGAGUUAGUUCCAGAGGAAAAUCCACUUAAUAAAUUGAAAGUCAUAUUUGAAAGUAAAAAUUUAGAAGAAGAAAUUAACGAAUUUGAAAAUGUCAUUCAAGACUUAAAAGAUUUAAUUGAAAAAUUGGAAGAUGCAAAUCAAAUAGAUCGUUCCGAACAAUUGUCAUCACCAUGUGAGCCAAAUUUGCAGCAUGCUGAAGGUAUUGUUACGCAAUUUCUGUCGAGACAAAUAUUUACUGUUUGUGAAAAUGUCGACGAUGUUCAACUUAAUUCAAAUUACUGGCUUGAACCGUUGCGUUUAGAUGAAAUUCCUGAAGUCUCCGAUUCCGAUCGGGUGCACUGUAAUUUAGGUGAAGUUAUUUCAACAUGUCUGCCACCUGAAACAAAUCUGUCUUCUGACUGCAAACGCAUUUUACACUUAUCAGCAUCUCCUCAAUCCAAUCGAGAACGCACUGCGACAGCUCCAUGCUUUAGAACACGGCGUGUUGAGGUGGAACCGCAAACUGGAAGACCUGAAAAGAAAAAAAUCUAUAUUUCACCGAUGCGUGCCCGUGGUUUUCCCCGUGCUCCUCCUUCACGAGGCGAUUUGUUUCGCUCCAGGCCACCAAACACGUCAAGACCACCUUCGUUACAUGUCGAUGAUUUUCUUGCUUUAGAAACAUGUGGCGCUCAACCAACAGGGCCAACUGGAUAUAAUAAGUUAUCUAGAGAUAUUAUUGGCAUAAGGGGUGUAAGAGGAGGAAGAAAUCGUGGUAGAUUAGGAAUCGGAGCCUAUAGAAAAAUUGGUGCAUAUCCUAGAGGAAAUUAUACAAAUGUGGUAGUCGUUACAGCACCACCGCCACAACACUUUAGAACAGCUACGUCAGAACCAGUUGUAACACAACACUUUCCUAAUGAUCAACAUCCUCAUUUUAGUGCGGUUCCGAUCAGAUCAAGAGGAAGAGGACGUAUUAGGACUUUCUUAAGAUAAAAUAUUUUUAAUUAUAUUCUGUAAAUGUCCAUUUUUAUUUUAAAUUUUAGAACUCAUAAUUCUCUUUGUUUUUAAAGAUUAUGUAAUAAAAUUUUAGGUAUCUCUUUUUUCAACAAACCUA